AUGGCACCUAUGAUCCACAUUAAAACCAACAUAUCGCAGGAUAGAGCGUUAGAUAUUCAGGCAAAGAGUACAAUUGACCUCACACAAGACGACGAACUCGACCUCAUCUCCGCCACAACAGCCAGUACACCCACUAGGGUAGCAGACCCGUCGCCUGACUUACUGAAAUCAAACGAUGAUGGCAAGGCAACUAUUCGAGCGCGUCGCUCUAUGGGCCUCGUAUCGUAUACCCAGACAAAUCAUAACAAGCGCGCGAGAGCAAUCUCAAUAUCGGUCAUCGAAAACGACGGAGGAAGGAAAAAACAGAAGAUGGAUAAUAAGAAGGCGAACACCAUCGUCAUAAUCGCAAAAAGAAUCCAACUAGAUGCUGCUAGGCGGCGUUGGCUUCACCGGCAUAGGGAUCUGUUCUUGCCUCUUUUGCCUGCUUCAACAUUCUUCGAUAAUCUGAAAAAUGAGAUCGAGGAAUCUGGGGAAAAGGCAUCAUAUAUUCCAUUCCAUGCUCUCGAUGAGCAACCGAAGUUGAUACAAGGAGGUACGAUGAAGGAAUAUCAGCUUCAAGGUCUUGCUUUUCUGGUAUAUAUGCAUAACAAUGGCAUGAAUUGCAUCCUUGGAGAUGAAAUGGGUCUAGGAAAAACGCUGCAGACUCUUUCUCUUUUUGCACAUGUGAGGGAAAACACGAAGGGUAUUAUUGUUUCGCGAUUUAGCAUAUUCGAUUUCCUUAAUCAAUUUAUAGGAAAACAAGAUCCACAUUUGAUCAUUUGUCCUCUAUCCGUGCUUUCAUCAUGGCAAAAUGAAGUGGCACGGUGGCUCCCAUCCCUACGGACUCUGCGGUUUCACGGAACUCAGUCGGAGCGCGAUCGUUUGAAGAAUAGCAUGCGAGGAGUCGAGAUACCAUUUGAUCUAUGCAUCACGACCUACGAGGCAUUUGUGGCUGAGGACUCGUGGUUCAAGAGCCGGAGGUGGAUGUAUUGCGUAUUAGACGAAGGACACAGGAUCAAGAAUUCAGAUACGAAUCUCGCAAGCAAGGUGCAGGGUAUUGGAGCGCUUCAUCGACUGAUCUUAACCGGCACGCCUGUGCAGAACAACCUCGUUGAGUUGUGGGGUCUUCUUCAUUGGUUGUACCCUACGGUAUUCACAGCGCCCUCUGAACGCCGGUUUAAAGAGUCCUUUGAUCUCUCCCGUGGAUCAUAUUCCAUCCCUUUUCUGAAAGCCGCUCAGGAACUUCUAGCAGUAAUUAUGAUUAGAAGGACGAAAGCCAACGUAGACAUUAACGUACCUCCACGCGAAGAGCUUACUGUGUUCAUCCCAAUGACCGAGGCGCAACGAUUCUGGACAUAUAGAUUACUCACACGGAUGGAUACCCUAGAUUUAAAACAAAUAUUCAUCUCAAAGCUUGAAGAUGGUCCUUUGGAUGAUGGACGACGCGAAGUUCUGUCUCAUAUAGCAUCCCAAAUCAACCGAAGCAGUAGUGGCGAGGCUAACCAAUGGCGGAAGUUAAUGAACCUGCUGAUGCAACUGCGAAAAGUCUGCGAUCACCCAUAUCUCUUAAAAGACGCCUCUCCCUCUCCCUACCAGAUUGGCGAACAUAUUGUAGCUUCAUCCUCAAAAUUAAUCGUAAUCGACAAGAUACUCGCCGAUGUUCUGCCGAAAGGCGAGCGUGUCUUGAUUUUCACGCAAUGGACAAGGCAAGCUAAGAGACUAGCUUUGCGAGCUAUACCAUAUGCGCGGCUUGAUGGUGAAACCAAUCGUCCUCGUCGUGCGCUGAACAUCAAACUGUUUCAACAAGAAAAGUCUCCUUAUCAGGUUUUCCUUAUUUCGACUAAAGCUGGGGGCUUGGGCAUCAAUUUAACGAAAGCAUCGACUGUGAUCAUGUGCGACUCUGAUUGGAAUCCCCAAAAUGAUCUCCAAGCUAUCGCCAGGGCCCACCGCAUAGGACAAACCAAAGUUGUCCAAGUUUAUAGACUGAUUUGCCAGGGAAGUGUUGAAGAUCAGAUGCUUGAUCGUAUUCGUCGAAAACUCUUCCUAUCGAUCAAAAUUAUGAGCUCUUCCGAAACUUCUAGCAACGAGGACAAUACGCAACUUGGCACAUCUGAGCUUAUGGAUAUACUCCGAAAAGGUAGUAGCGCUCUAUCAAGGUCGGAUGAAGCUAUGGAUCUUGGGCGAUUCUUGAGUUCACCUAUUGGCGAUAUUCUGAACGCUUCGCGAACUCGUGAGGGAGCACGAGACGCUAAGAUAAAGCAAGAAAUAGGAUCCGUGAAGCAGGAAGUAGAUGAAAUGCUCCUCCACGAUGCUGAAGAAGAGGAGCGGCGGUUGCUGAGUGGCAUUGCUCAGGUCCAGAGUAGAUUAUUUGAAGGGAAGGUGAUUCACCGGACCCAGGAUAAUUUUCAGAUUGCGCAAGAAUGGCGAGAGCUACAGAAACGUGCACAUAUUGAUCGCACGGUCAUUAUUGAUGGUAUACCAGUCAUCGCAGAACAUCUUGGCCAAGACAGUGAUCCGUCGGAGGUCACCACCGUAGCGCCCAAACGCCAGAGGAAGAAAUAUGAUUGGGAAGACUGGUGCAUUUACUGUCGAGACGGUGGCGAGCUCGUCCUAUGUACAUCUUGCCCUCGGGUAUUCCAUGCUAAAUGCCAUGGCGUGAGCCGUCAACAAGUGCAGCGCUCGCUAUCUCUGCCAUGCAGUCAGCACUCUUGUGCGACUUGCGAUCGGAAUACGCAGCAGGCUGGUGGGAUGUUGUUUAGAUGUCAAACUUGCCCACAAGCCUUCUGUGAAGACUGUCUCCCCAACGGGGAACUUGAUGUUGUUGGGGACGUUCUUCCUGAGUUUCUGUUGCUUGGCUAUGGUGAAACGUCUUCAGCCUAUUUCAUCCGAUGCCAUGACUGUCGUGAAUAUUUCGCGAAGCAUCCAAAGAUGCGGAAGAUGUGGGAGCAGGAGACGAAGGAGACAGCAGCGAAGCUUGCAUCCCUCGAAAUAUCAUAG